UUUUGUGCACGUACGAAUUGAAAAACGGGUCCUCGUAUUCGGGUCAUCAUCGCAUCUACAAAAAUCGCGAUUCGCACCAAAAAUUUCCCCCAAUUUCUCCCGAUUCCCUCCAAUCUCACUUUUGGAGUCUCCAAAUUUCUUUUGAGUUUUCGUUUGAAUCUCAAAAUUCAACAUUUUUUUAUUCAAUUAGAUUCAUUCUCUUUCGAUUGAUCCUUCUAUUUUUUUUUUCAAAUCAAAUUUGUUGAUUACGUGAAGUUCUAGGUUUUCACUUAAAUCCUCCGAUCUGUUCAAUUUAUUCAUCAAAUAUAUUUUUAAAUUUUGGUUCUGCUAUUUACGAUUAUUGUUUUGUGUUUCGCCUCUGUAAAUAGAUUUGAAACUUCAAUUUUAUUCGGAGAUCCUUUUUUUAAUAUUGGGUUUAUUUUGGUGGCGGUGACUCGAUCUCAAGGUUCUUUGGAUCUGUAAAUUGAUUUGGGGUUUUGGAAGGCAUUUUAAACAUAACUUUGAGAGUACUCAGAAGUAUUUAAAACGUGCAUUGCUGGUGUAGGCCAUUUGAAGAAGAUGGGAAUCAAACGUCCUUUAGAGGAGGCAGACUUUCCAGAGGCUUCUUUUGGGAAACCUAUUGACUACAACAAAAAGCUGAUUUCUUGUACAGAGGAUUUUCAUAUUACUACUCCAAGAUUUGAUUCUCUUGGCGGACCAAAAAGCAACAUUUGUGAGUUACAGUUUGAUGGGCGACUUGAAGAUAGUGAGACAUAUAGUGCAUCUGCAGCUGACAAAGAGUUUGAGGCAAGUGCCCCUUUAUCUUUGGUUACCAGCAGUAGCGAAGAAGAUGCUGGAAAUGGAGACACGUCUUUCUGGUCCUACUUUCCAGGAUAUAUCGACAUUAGCAUACCACCAAGAAGACCCCCUGAACAAUUCGAUGAUCCCUACAUAUCUUUGUUAAAUUCUUCUCCGAAAAAAGAAGUUCCUCUCGGUCCAGAUUAUCAAGCUGAAGUUCCAUUAUGGGAAGGUGCAAACUACUUUACCGACGAGAGGGAGCAACAACUAAUGGGGACUUGUGUUAUUCCGAUGCCCGAUUUAAAUGAUUCCACCAGUGAUGGAGUUAGAGUUGGGCAUGGCAGAACAGUGGUUUGCAGCUGCCUGGAUGUGGGGUCCAUGAGAUGCGUGCAGCAACACGUGAAGGAAGCGAGAGAGAAGCUGCUCGAGACAAUUGGGGAAAAUAAUUUUAUAGAUUUGGGAUUCUGCCACAUGGGUGAUGAGGUGGCUUGCAAGUGGACCCCGGCCGACGAGCAUGUCUUUCACGAAAUUGUCUUGUCUAACCCCGUGUCACAUGGUAGAAAUUUCUGGAAGCUUCUUAGAUCUGCGUUUCCAUCUCGAACGAAGAAGGAACUCGUAAGUUACUAUUUCAAUGUGUUUGUGCUCCGUAGAAGGGCUGUUCAGAACAGAUCUUAUUUGUUGGAGAUUGACAGUGAUGAUGAUGAGGAGCAGACAUGUGGCGGUGGAGAUUCGUAUCGGAACGAAUCUCAGUCGUUGGAUCGAGAUACUGAUGAUGAUGGUGAUCGGAGGGGUCCAAAUGGGAAGUGCUUUACAGUUGGAGAAGAAGAAGAUGAAGACUCCACAGUUGAGUCUUUUGGUGAUCAAGAUUUGGAUACAAGCUGGAUGGAUGACUUUUGGUCUGAACCUGAAAAAGGGCAAGAGGGUGUUGAAAUUGAUGGUAAGAAGGGAGAAAAUGUUCGGACAAGAGAUGGAGUUGCGUAAUGAUCUCAGGUUUUUAUUCUUAACUUCAUUAUUAUCCGUUUAUUGCUGUGUAAAAUUAGGAAUGUUAAGAGGGGGAAGAGAGAGAGAAAGAAAAUGGAAACUUUUGCUUGAUCUUGAUGCCCCCCGUAUAGUUAAUUUAAUUGAAGGGAUGGAUGUAUUUAUCUACAAGAAAUUUUGUUGUUUAAUCGAUGUUUUGAUCGUGUC